CUUGGGCCAAAGGAGCUGUCUCUCACCACCGCAUGAAGCCAGGUAGCCUCUUGCUCCUCCUAGGCUCAUUUGUCCUCUGGACUACUCUGCUGGCUGCACCUCCUGAAGAGACCUCUGGAAUGACAUCUCUUUCCCAUGGCGGUGACACUAGGAGGCACCAACAGAGCCAAGCCACAGCUAAGAGUAAAGUCUCUGGGAGGAAACCUCCAGGUGUGUUGAUAAAGGAUACUGAGGGAGAACAGAGUAAUUCUGUGCCCGAGAAGCAGCAGUUCGUUACCACUGAAAAAAUUACAUCUGAUAAAAAUUCAGUAUGUAAUGAAGUCAUUGGACAACCCUCUUCCAAUACUGGACAUGCAGCUGAUGGCAAAGCGAGCCCCUCUGGGGACACUCCAGCACCUGGUAGGAAGUCAGAGAAUGGUGAAAAGCCAGAUUUUAAUAUUGAACUUGAAAGAUCUGCAAGUGAGGUAAGGCCACCACCCCAUGAAAAACCAGCCCCUGAAAAACCAGAACAUGAUGAUGAUGAUGACGACGACGACGAUGACGACGACGACGAUGACGACGACGAUGAUGAUGAUGACGAUGAUGAUGAUGACGAUGAUGAGGACGAUGACGAUGAUGACGACGACGAUGAUGACGACGACGACGAUGACGACGACGAUGAUGAUGACGACGAUGAUGAUGACGACGACAAUGGUGAUGACGACGAUGAUGAUGACGACGAUGAUGAUGACGACGACAAUGGUGAUGGUAACUGAUAACGGGAGCACUAGUGGAGAUGAUCCUAGUCAAAGAUUAAGACCCCAAGAUUAAGAUGAUGACGACGACAAUAAUGAUGAUGAGGACGAUGAGGAUGAGGAUAAUGAUGAUGACAAUGACGACAAUGGUGAUGGUAAUUUAUAAUGGAGAGCUUCAGCUAUGGGGCGGUAUAUAAAUGUAAUAAAUAAACAAAUAAAUAAAUGGGUGCAGCAAUGGAGAUGAUAAGACCUAGUGAAAGAUUAAGACCAGAAGAUUAUGAUGAUGACAACGACAAUAAUGAUGAUGAGGACGAUGAUAACGAUGAUUUCGAUGACGACAGUGGUGAUGGUAAUUAAUAAUGGGUGCAGCAGUGGAGAUUAUAAGACCUAGGGAAAAACCAGAAAAUUAUGAUGAUCAAGACGAUAAUGAUGAUGACAAUGGUGGUGGUAACUGAUAAUGGGAGCAGCACUGGAGAUGGUAAGACCUGUGACACAGAACUUAAUUAAAGUGAUCUUCCUUUGACUGAUGUAUGGAGUGAUGGAGACUCUGAAGAUUCAGGCGCUAGUUUUGAGGGGGAAGAGGGUGGACCCCUGAGUAUGGCAGUAGCUGCAAUGAUGGGGAGCCUGUGUUUGGUCUAUUGCGGGAGGACCUAGGCCUGAGACACAGCCCAGGAGGCUUUUUGCUGAAGCAAAGAACUUCAGCUUUUUGUCCCAUUUUAAAAAGGCUUUUGCUGCCAUUACACUUGAUCUUUUCAUGGGUUGCCUGAGGGAUGAACCAAACAGUUAGUCUACGGGUUACUGUGUUUUGCACUUUGGGUUGAGAACUCAGGAGGGCUCUAUGGUUUAUCUUAUGCCUGUCUUUGGUUCCUAAGGUUUGGAGUUCAGGGCUUCUGCUAUUUGGGUUUGGGAUUGGGUUUGGGAGAGGCCAUCCUGAUGGAUUAGCCACCCUCUGCUUUGCUGUCACCUACAUCAGGUGGGCCUGUGUUUUGAGGAGGGGUCCCUUCCUGUGGGGAUCUCUAGUGGCCGAUGCCCAAGACUGCAGUAAGUACUCAAGGGCUGCUUCUGGAGGAAGGAUGGGAUAUCAAAGGAAUGAACGAAUGAAUAAAUACACACAUACAUACAUAAAGAUAGGGAGGCGUGUUCCAAGAGGGGAUCUGUUACAAACUCAAAUAUCCUUUGCUCUGUCUGGCUUGAAAUGAGUCAUAAGAACAUAAGAAGAGCCUUCCUGAUGGAUCAGAUGAAAGGCCUACCUAGUCCAGUACCCUGUUUUGCGGAGUGUGCAACCAGAUGCCACUAUGGGAAGCCUCACAAGCUGGACUUGAAGGCAGUGGUCUUCUCCCCUGUUCCUCCCUCAGCAUGCUGCCUCUGAUCCUGGCCUGAAGGCAGCAAAGACUCAUUCUCUGCAGGAGACUUUCAAUUUAUCUGCUCAGAGAAAAAGACUCAGAGGGCAUAACCCCCUGGAAAGUGAAUUACAGCGGGGAUUGUGCCAGAGGGGUUACCCUUGAAACGGUCCGGAAAUUGCAGCUGGUACAGAAUGCAGCGGCACGUUUGAUCACACAUGGUCGCCGCCAGGAUCAUAUUACCCCGGUGCUAAGAGAUCUGCACUGGUUACCAGUUGUUUACCGGGCCCAAUUCAAGGUGUUGGUCUUGACCUUUAAAACCCUAUACGGUUUCGGCCCAGUUUGUCUGAAGGAACGCCUCCAGAAUCACCAAUUAUGCCGCCUGACAAGAUCAGCCACACAGGACCUUCUCUCGGUCCCACCAGUCAGAACAGCUAGGCUGGUGCGGACCAGAGAGUGGGCAUUCUCAGUUGUGGCCCCCACUCUCUGGAAUUCUCUCCCUUUCGAUGUCCGACAUGCCUCCUCCCUGAUGGGUUUUCGCCGAGCCUUAAAGACCUGGCUAUUCAGGCAGGCCUAUAGAACCCUCGGGGUGGAUGAGUUUUUAUAAUGUAUUAAUUGAUGUUUAGAUUACCUUUGUGCUUUUUUGAUUGUAUACUGUAUUUUAUUCUAGUUGCUGUAAGUCGCCUAGAGUGUCUGUUAAUUCGGACAGAUAGGCGACUAACAAAUAAAAUUUUAUUAUUAUUAUUAUAGAGAACUUCCAUGGGGAAAUGGGUGCCCAACUUUUGCCUAGAACCUCCCUUUGUGUUUGAGGUCCCAUCGGAGUGCCUCCUUGCCUGAUGCCUUUUGAAAUCCACGAGAACACCCUGCUUGGGACCCCUCUCCCCUACCCCAUGCAAAACCCAGGUGUUCCCUGCAUUGAUUUUAUUACUGAGCAGCCUAGCCUCACAUUGUGCACCACAUAACCACCAGGGGGAAGCAUUGUCAAGCCACUGUAACAGCAUCCUUUUGCAAAACAGUCUGCAGUGGCCUUUUCAAAAAAACAAAGCCUACCUGCGUUCACAUAAUCUCAUCAGUGGCUGUUAUGCGUAGUAAGUAUAUGUCUCGGUUUGUCUGGCAAAUAGCAGCUCUCUUGCUUGGCUGUUGCAGCAUCUAAUCAAUCUGUCUGGAUAUCCUGAUUGGCUUCGUGUUCAGUUCAUGAUGCAUUGGGUGAAGCAGACGUUUGCCUUCCAAAGCUCCUGCAGUUUGAAAUUUAAGAUUCAGCAAAAUUAGAUUUAUUUUAACAUUACCACCACCUAUGUGGCAUUGUUGGGACUGAUGUUCCAGCAGCCACUGUAAAGGGACCCAUGCAAAAAGCCGCUGAGGCCACUCCUAAGGCUGUAGGUCAUAGGUGAGCUGGCAGAUUCCACAGUACAAUAGGUGAAUGCUGGUCAUGGACCAGGAUCUCUGCACCCAGGGACCACCGUCUUUCUGGAGAUACCUUAAGAGGAUCUGCUGCGACUUUGGCUCCAGGACUUUUCUUCUCUUUCAUCUUUUCCCUUUUUAGAAUCUUCUCCAGAAAUGGGUUUCUUAGCAUUGUGAUUUUUAUUCUGUCCUAUUAAGUAAAUAACACACCUUGAGUGACAACAGUUAUCAGGGUACAAUAUUAAUGCCACCCCUCCCCCUCCUCUGCCCUCCCCUUCCUCCCUUUGUCACUCCUGUCCAUCCUAUUGCCCUUUUCUCCUCUCCCUCCACAGUCGCUGGGCUGAGAUUCUCCCUCCCACCCUGUUCAUGGCAGAGCCUCUCAAGCUCUUUGCCUUUUGCAAAGCUAAAGGAUCUCCUGGGACCCCACCUUAAAAUGGUCGCAAAGUGUCGUUUAUUACUAACUGUUAUAUGAAUCUUAAUAUCUUGAUUAAGAAAUAGAGCUGUUGCUGUUAUUUGUUAGUUCGUGGUGGCUGUUACUGAUGAUUACAGCAGCCUUUUAAGUUCUGCAUUUACCUAAACUCACACACAUGUUUUUUCCUCCAUUACUGACACCAUCCACCUGCCCAUUAGUUCCAGAAAAUGUUCUUCACCAAUGGUUGUAUUCCUGAGUGUUUAUUACAGUCCUUUUGCUUUGUAGUGUUGGGUUAAGAAAAUGAAGGUUGAUAUAAACAUGAUAUUGGUUUAUUUCCCCCUGACCUGACCCCACACUCCAGGUGGCUGGGUAAAUAAAAGCCUGAAUAAACUGGAGAUGACUCCCUUUUUUCCUUAUGCAUUCAAUAUCAAUACCCUAUAGAUUGUAUCAUAUUGCUGACCCUGAGCACAAAGAAAGCUAAUGUUUCUUUUAACAUGUCUAUAGAUUUCUACACGUAUCUGUUUGUAAAUGCAGAAAUGUAACCUGAAUGUAUCCCCCACUGAAGGGCCUCUCUUGUUUCAAUACUCCCCUUUUCCUAUCUGUCCUUUGUUCUUUUGGCUCCUAGCGCUUAUCUCAAGGUCGUUCAAACUAUGCAAGUCUAUGUCUGAAGAAAAGCAAGAUGUUUCUGGUUUUGUUAUCCUAAGCACCCCUUUUCUCCAUAUCUUAAAAGUUACUAUGUCUAGCGAUGUUUUCUAUUCUUUAUGACGUCUGCUCCCCAGUUUUGUAACCACUGGGGAAUCUAUAUAAUCUGUUGUAUUUCAAUAAAUGGGGUUCCCACUUCUGAAAGGCAUCUUGCUGGCAGGUCUUGGAACCCCUUUGCAAAGGUAA